CCCAGCCCGGCGUUGGGGUUUAGCAGAGCCCGGCCCGGGAACGGGGAGGUCGGUGCUGGCGUAUCGGGAAAGCCCAUUUCGGCUCGGGAGCAGAGGAGCCGAGCCCUGUUUUUUGGAUCGAGGAAGUCCCGUUUCGGGAGCGGGCAGAGCCGCACUGGCGUGUUGGGAAGGCUCGGGAACGCCCGACGGGCCCGGAAGCGCCCAGCCCGUUUUGGGAUCGAGGAGAUCCCGUUUCGGGAGCUCGGAGAGCUAUGCCGAGGUGCGGGGAAGGGAAGACGUGAGAGGCCGGGAGAGCCGAGCUUGUGUGGAGGUCGAGGAGAUCCCGAAAUGGGUUUUGGGAACAGGGAGAGCUAUGCCGGGCUGUCGGGAAGGCUCAGCCUGGCAGCGAGGAGAGCUGAGCCUGUUUUGGGAUCUGGGAAAGCCCAGUUUAGGAUCUGGAGGAGCCGUGCUGGGAUGCAGGGAAGACCCAUCCCAGGAACACGGAGAGCUUGUCCCAUCCCAGUGGGAUCAGUUCCAAGGGCUCCCCUGAGGAGAAACCCCCUGCCCGGGGGUCUCUGUCAUGGCUGUGCCUUUCCUUAACCCCCUUCUCAAGCUCCCAGCUCACCAUCAACACGGCUAUCGUGUACAUGCACCGCUUCUACAUGGUGCAGUCCUUCACCCAGUUCCACAGGAACUCCGUGGUGCCGGCGGCGCUUUUCCUCGCAGCCAAGGUGGAGGAGCAGCCCCGGAAGCUGGAGCACGUCAUCAAGGUGGCACAUGCUUGUCUGCACCCCCAGGAGCCUCUGCUGGACACCAAGAGCGAGGGUUUGAGAUCACUAUUGACCAUCCCCACACCCACGUGGUGAAGUGCACCCAGCUCGUGCGAGCCAGCAAGGACUUGGCACAAACUUCCUAUUUCAUGGCUACGAACAGCCUGCACCUGACCACCUUCAGCCUGCAGUACACCCCGCCCGUUGUGGCCUGCGUCUGUAUCCACCUGGCCUGUAAGUGGUCCAACUGGGAGAUCCCAGUCUCCACGGACGGGAAGCACUGGUGGGAAUACGUUGAUGGCACUGUAACUCUGGAGCUCUUAGAUGAACUGACCCAUGAAUUCCUGCAGAUCCUUGAAAAAACUCCCAGUCGGCUUAAACGGAUCCGGAACUGGCGGGCCUCUCAAGCAGCCAGAAAGUCCAAGACCGACGACCACGGCGACGACGAGAACCUGUCGGAGCAGACCAUCCUCAACAUGAUCUCCAGGAAUAACAGCUCGGACAUGAACAUCGCCGGGCUCAUGAGCAUGUCCACGUCCUCCACGGCCGGCGCGGGGCCGGCGCUGCCGCCCGCCGCCGAUUCCCCCGGCGAGCCGAGCGCCGCCGACCCUUCCCAGGCGGAUCAUUGGCAUCCCCCGGCCAAGCUGGACAUCCACAGGACUAGCGAGAGCUCCUCGGCCGCCGCCGAGCACCCCCAGCAGGACGGUGCCUCCUACCCAAAGCAGGGCACCAAGAACGCGCCGUCGGCCAAGGUGUCCCUCAAGGAGUACCGGGCCAAACACGCCGAGGAGUUGGCGGCGCAGAAGCGGCAGCUGGAGAACAUGGAGGCCAACGUGCGCUCCCAGUACGCCUACGCCGCCCAGAACCUGCUGGUGCAGCAGCAGCGGGAGAGGGAAGGGCAGCAGGACAGCAACCCCUCCCCGAUCAUCCUGAAAAUCCCCAUCGCGGGCUCGGACAACCCCGAGCGCCCGCCCGGCGCCGACAAGGGCGACAAAGCCCUCAAGAUGAGGAUCCAGGCCGGGGCGGGGGCAGGCGGGGAGAGGCCCAUCCCCUCCAAGCAGGAGGAGAUCAAGAUGCGGAUCAAGGUGCCGGGGGGCCCCGGAGACAGGCACGGCUCCGCGGACGAGGGCGGGAAGAGCCGGGAGUACAAGGAGAAGCACAAGGGCCACUCGUCCAACCACCACCACCACCACCACAACCACCACUCGCACAAACACUUGCACGCCCAGCUCGGCGCCGGCCCCAGCACCGCGGCCAAACGCCCGGGGGACUCCAAGCACGGCGCCCAGCCCGGCGCCGCCGCCCCCCACAAGGGCUACGGGCCCCUCGCCCCCACCCGCAAGAGACCCCUGCCCGAGGAGCCCUCGGCCGCGCCCCACGAGCACCAGCCCAAGGCGGGCAAAGCCUCCAAAGGCCCCGCGGUGCCGUUCCCGUACUCCCACCUCCCCGGGGCCUCCCACCUGCCCGGGCACAGCUCGGAUUUAUCCCAGCCCGGCAAAGCCCAGCGGGGCGCCCACAAAUCGGACAAGGGGCCCUCGGGGGCCAACGGGCACAACGCCAGCCAGGCCAGUGACUAUCAGGACACGGUGAACAUGCUGCACUCGCUGCUGAGCGCGCAGGGCAUGCAGCCCACCCAGCCCCCCGCCUUCGAAUUCCACUCGUACGAGCUCCUGAACCCCCGGGCUUCCAGCGGCUCCCGAGCUGCCGCCAACACGGACAAGCCCCGACCGCCCCCCCUGCCCUCGGAACCGCCCCCCCCGCUGCCCCCCCUCCCCAAGUAAACCCCCCCUCCCCUUUUUACUACUGAGUCCAGAGCCCGAGCCCGAACCCGCGGGGCUUGAGAAAGGGCUUUUUGAUCUCCACUGCCUCACGAAGAACUUAUUUUAUUAUAAUAUAACUUUUAUUAUUGAUAUUUAGUUGUUAAAAAGCUGUGAAAGGAUAAGGAACCCUUUCUCUAUUCCUUCCCUUUCCCCCCAUAGGCUCCCAGUUAGUGUUGGGCUUCGCCCCCCCCUCUGGGGAACGUGGGGGGUAUUUAAAAUAUGUCACAGAAAAUUUAAGAUGUUUUACAAAUAAUUUAAGCAUUAACUUA